GAGGUACGCAGAGAAAAGCAAGACUUAAAAAAAAAGCUUCCGGGUUACAAGCCGAUACGAAUUUUAAAAACAACGUAACUAUGUCCAUGUACUCACAUUUACGAUAAGAAUUUGAAAAUAAGUUUCGAAGUGACAGACAAAAAAACAAGUUAGCCAAUAACGCUUGGCAUGUGUCAUCGUGAUUUUUUCCUCAACUCCAUUUUAAACAGCUUUACGCCACCAUAGAUGGAUGGUGAGGUGGGUUAUUGAUGGUUGGAUUAUGUUCCCGUGAUGGAUUCAUAAAUUUGACAGAUUUGUCAUUUUACCAGCUCGUUGCUCAUGUUCAUUCAUUUAGUAAAAAAAGGCCUGCCAAAAUGUGCGUUCCGAUGUACGCCGCGUGUUUGGCAACAUGUAAGAAGACUCUGCUGUCCACCAACCAAUUUGGAUCAUACCAGGACUUUGUUGCAGCUCUUUGUGGACAGACACUUCAUCUCUCCUGGAGACACCAAUAUGGAGCUGUUUAAACGUGGGAGAGGUUGCAACUACGGCCCACUGGGCACUGAGCUCAAGGAGAACGUGCUGCACCAGUGGUGGCGUUCGAUGACUGGAUCCAGAGAUCAGGUGUUCGGGAUCAACACGCCGAGUUGCAGCACAGGAAGCCACGAUGCAGCUAGGGGACAAUGGGGAUACCUGGCGGUCCCAGAUCCUAAUAACGUCGUAAAUAUACUAGAGGAGACCGAGGUGAGCAGGGAGCAGCUCGCCCAGAACGUCCACAUGUUUCUGCAGACAUCACCCAUGUUGAGAACCAGCCUCAUUCCAGGGUCUUUGGAGCAGUUUGUCCCCAUAUUUGAGAUGGUGAACAGGAAGCUCCCAUUUGGCAUCGCUGAAACUGGUAGAUGUUUUCAGUCCUCGAAAGACGGUGAUGGCUGCCCAGCAGAAGUCACACAGGCAUCUCUUGUCUGGUUCUGCUCCUCUCGAACCUCCUCGCAAUGGUUGGACCACUGGGCUCGACAGAGGCUCAAGUGGUGGAGAAAGUUUGCCCUCGCUCCAUCGGACUUCAGCAGCAGUGACGUCGCUCUAGAUGAACUAGAGGGGCCAACGUCACGCGGUUUGAAGAUUUUCUACAAAUUCCCGUGGGGACAGGAGCCCGUGGAGGUUCUAUGGAGCCGAGGAGACGGCGAACUGCUCCAGAUGCACAAAGAAGCCCGCUCUAAACUCCAGAGUCGAGAUGGGCGCAAGUCUAUUCCUCACGUCGUUUCAAUUACCGGGAACGUCAAUCGCGGUUUAUUGGCUUUUCUGUCCAACUCGCUGCAGCUACACAAGAGAGAAGACACCAAACAGAAGCUACAGCAGAGAAAAGUUCUGAAAUUACAUCCAUUGUUGGCUCCAGUCAAAGUGGCUUUAGGUAUUAGCAGGGGAGCCACCAUGGAGCUGAGGAAGGUUUGUGAAGGGCUGCUGCAGGAGUUAAAAGAGUCUAAAAUCUCUGCUUGGCCCGGAUAUCUUGAAACAUCACCCUCACCAAUGGAUCAGCUCAACUCCAAAUAUGAUGAGAUGGGCGUGCUUUUUACUGCGGUGAUCAGUGAGAACACUCUGGAGAGCGGCCUCCUACAGAUACGCAGCAGAGACACCACCAUCAAGGAGACCAUGCAUAUUUCGGAACUGAAAAACUUCCUCUGCAGAUAUAUCUCUGCUGCAGACAACAUGUAAACUAGUAUCCACUUGCUGAUUUCAUGCUCUAAUAAUCGAUUGGGCCUUCACUGCCACAGUUUUGUAUCUUGUAGGUACAAAACCAUUGCCAAAGAAAGUAAAAUGCUAAUAAAUAAAUAUAAAGGUGUUUUUUGA